AUGGCUGCGGUUUGCGUCAUGCUGGAUAUACCGCCAGCAAGAAUCGAGGAUCCAGCCACUGGGAAGAAAGUAAUAGAUUAUUGGGGUCCCAGCAAACGAUUGUUGGGCGACAUAAGAUUCUUGGAAAAUCUGCGACAAUACGACAAGGAUAAUAUUCCGGCACGCAUAAUGCAGGAAAUUAAAACGAAAUACCUGACGGACAAAAACUUCGAGCCGAAAGUCGUGGCGAGAGCAUCGUCCGCGGCGGAGGGCCUCUGCAAAUGGGUGAGAGCGAUGGUCUUGUACGACGAAGUCGCGAAAGUGGUAGCACCGAAGAAGGCCAAGUUGGACAGCGCGCAGCAUGAUUACGAGCAGACCGUUGCGUUUUUAAAGGAGAGAAGGGAAAUGCUCGCUGAACUAACGGAAAAGUUGGCGGUGCUAAACGAAAAAUUGGAAGUGACCCUGGCGAAGAAAAUCGAACUGCAAACCGAGGUGACCAAUUGCCGAAACAAGCUGAUCCGAGCUGAGAAACUGAUCAGUGGAUUGGGCGGGGAGAAGCAUCGUUGGAUGACAGCUGCAGCGAACCUGCAGAAAUCCUACGACACGUUGCCUGGCGACAUUUUAAUUUCCUGCGGCAUGAUUGCGUACAUGGGACCGUUCACAACGAUCUAUCGCAUCGAGAGCUUGGAUAAGUGGUUCGUGUACGUGAAAACCUUGGAAAUACCGUGCACCGAUCUGUACGAUUUCGUCGAGACCCUGGGAUCCGAGAUAAAGAUCAAUUCUUGGAAUAUUUUCGGGCUGCCGCGGGACUCGUUCUCCACCGAGAACGCCAUCAUUAUGGACAACUCGAAGAGGUGGAGUUUGUUCGUGGAUCCUCAGAGUCAGGCGAACAAAUGGAUUCGUAACAUGGAGAAGCAGAGCGAGCUCGAAAUUGUAAAACUGACGGAUUCGGACUAUAUGGGUAUAAUCGAGAGGGCUAUGGAGUAUGGAAAACCUGUGCUCGUUGAGAAUGUCCUCGAAGAACUUCCGCCGGCCCUCGACCCUAUACUGAUGAAGUCCAUUUACAAAAUGGGCGGUUUGUGGUUCAUAACGCUCGGCGAGAAAGUGAUCGAGUACAGUUUACGGUUCAGGCUGUACAUCACGACGAAACUACGCAAUCCACAUUACCUACCGGAAGUAUUCAACAAGGUAACGUUGAUCAAUUUCGCGCUGACGAUGGAUGGCCUGGAGGAUCAGCUGUUGGGUAUCGUGGUGGCGAAGGAGCGGCCAGACUUGCAAGAAAAACGAGAAUACCUGAUCGUGCAGAGCGCAGCGAACAGAAAAGCUUUGCAGCAAGUCGAGGACAACAUUCUGAGAACGUUGGCCGAUUCCGGCGCAAGCAUUCUAGAGGACGAGGACGCCAUCGAGAUUCUAGACUCGUCCAAAAUACUCUCGAUCGAUAUACUGAAGAAGCAGUCCUCGGCGAAAAAAACGGAGAUACAAAUCGAAGGAUUUCGACAAAGUUACAAGCCGAUCGCUAGACACAGUUCUGCGCUGUACUACACAAUCACCGAUCUGCCCAAUAUCGAUCCGAUGUAUCAGUACUCGUUAUCGUGGUUUAUCAAUUUGUACAUUAAUUCCAUCGACACCGCGCAUAAGAGUAAGAUCCUCGAGCGACGACUCAUGUUUCUCCGAGAAACAUUCACGUACAAUUUGUAUCGAAACGUCUGCAGAUCUCUGUUCGAAAAAGAUAAGGUGUUGUACUCGUUCGUGUUGUACACGACGAUCUUACUAACGGAAAACGCGAUCACGAGAGACGAACUUAUGUUCUUUUUAUCGGGAGGUACUACGUUGGCCGCGAUCUCGGACAAUCCUAUGGCCGAUUGGCUGCCGGACAAAUCUUGGGCUGAGAUUUCCAGGGUGCAGACCUUGCCGAGCUUCGCCGACUUUCAGACGAGUUUCGUUCGUAAUUGGAAAGAAUGGAAACGCCACUACGAUUUAACGAAUCCGGAGAACUCGCCGAUACCAGAUCCCUGGGAGAAAAGUUUGACACCGUUCCAAAAGCUGAUCGUCGUGAGAAUGAUCAGAACCGAUAAAGUCACGAUCAUGAUACAACGAUUCGUCCAAAACGGUAUGGGAUUGAAGUUCAUCGUGCCUCCGCCGUUCGAUAUCUCCAAGUCUUUCGGGGAUUCGAAUUUCCUGAUACCGUUGAUAUUCAUUCUCUCUCCGGGCUCCGAUCCGAUGGAGGCACUCACCAAAUUCGCGGAGAGCACGAACUUCAUGGAGAGAUUUCAUUCGAUCUCGUUGGGACAAGGCCAAGGACCGAUCGCUCGGAAGCUUAUCGAGCAAGGACAGGCCGACGGUGAAUGGAUAUGCUUACAGAACUGUCAUUUGGCUGCUUCCUGGAUGCCCACCUUGGAGAACAUCUGCGAGAACUUUGAUCCUUCGAACACGCACUCCAAUUUCCGCCUUUGGCUGACCAGUUACCCGUCCGAGCACUUUCCCAUCACGAUUCUCCAAAACGGUGUCAAGAUGACCAACGAGCCUCCGACCGGAUUGCAGAAUAAUAUCAUGAGAUCAUACAAAUCCGAGGCGACCAAAGACCCAGAAUUCUUCGACAAGGCCCCGAAGAAAAAGCGAGCGUUCUCGAAACUGCUCUACGCUUUGUGCUUUUUUCACGCAGUGGUGCAGGAAAGACGAAAUUACGGGGCACAGGGUUGGAACAUAAAAUACGGUUUCAACGAGUCCGAUCUUCAGAUAUCCGCCCAACAACUCCAAUUGUACGUGCACGACUAUACGGAGAUUCCGUUCAAAGCGAUCGUAUAUCUGACAGGGGAGUGCAAUUACGGUGGCAGAGUCACGGACGAUCGCGAUCGAAGAUGUCUGAACACGAUAUUACAGGACUUUUACAACGAGACCGUGAUCACGGAUCCGAAUUAUUCUUUCGCCGAUAUUGGUCCCGAAUACGCUCUACCGAAAAAACACGAAUACGACGAUUACAUCAAACUGAUCCAAGGAAUUCCUUUGAAUCCGCCACCGGAAGCACUCGGUCUGCACAUGAAUGCAGGGAUAACGCGAGAUCUCGAACUGGCGAACAAUUUCUUCGAAUCGAUGCUGUUGGUUCAAGGAACGGGGUCGGCGGGCGACACCUCCGAGCAGGAUGAGAUAUUGCUCAGUAUGAAAAAGGAUAUAUACGAUAGGAUGCCAAAUUUAUUUGACAUCGAGGAAGCCCAAAAACGAUACCCGGUCGUGUACGUCGAAUCCAUGAACACGGUGCUGAUACAAGAAUUAGAAAGGAAUAAUACACUUCUGCGGGAAAUACGACAAUCUCUCUCUACACUCGAGAAUGCGGUGAAGGGACUGGUAGUAAUGACGCCAGACCUCGAGAUUCUGGCCAUUCACAUACUGAGCGCAAGGAUUCCACCUUCUUGGAGAAAAUCCUGUGCCUAUCCAAGUUUGAAACCGUUAGCAGGUUUCGUCAAUGACUUUCUCGAUCGAUUGGAGUUCUUUCAAAAAUGGUUGCUGCACGGAAUACCGAGAACAUUCUGGAUAUCCGGUUUCUCGUUUGUGCACGCUUUCCUCACCGCGAGCACGCAAAACUUUGCCAGAAAAUACAAGAUACCAAUCGAUAAAAUCGAUUUCGACUUCGAGGUACUUCCCGCGUAUGAAUUGAACAAGUCCCCGAUGGAUGGUGUUUACGUUUACGGGAUGUUCCUGGCCGGCGCCAGAUGGGACAUAAAGGGAAUGUUGCUCGAAGAAAGUUAUCCGAAAAUCUUGUGGGAUCUUAUGCCGAUCGUUUGGAUGAAACCCAGUCACGUGGAUAAGAUUAAUACAGGUCGACGAUACCUAUGUCCCCUUUACAUCACUUCCGCCCGUUUUGGCAUACUAAAGACAACCGGGCACUCCACGAAUUACGUGUUGUCCCUUCUUUUGGACACCAAAUAUCCCGUUAGUCAUUGGAUCAAAAGAGGGCUCGCUUUACUUUGUCAAUUAGACGAUUAA